AACGGAUACUGAUUUUCUACCGAAUUUCGAACGGAGAAGGGGGAGCCAAGUAGCCAACGGGUCAACAAAUCGAGAAAAUGAUUCGGGAACACUCGAAUACCAUUAUCACCUUUUACGGUUUUAGGAAGCUACAGUGAACAGUGAUGAGAUGAAGAACCAGAAACUAACCGAUGCGUUCAUUACUGGUGAAGGGAAGAAGAACCAUGACAUGCCUAUUCCUUACCCAUUCACUCACUCAUACCCAUAAUAACGCUCUACACGCCACCAUUCGCACCUUCUCUCCUUCUCUCCACAAACCUCUCUUUCAAUUCUUCUCCGGUAUUCUCAGGCCUGGAAUUCGAGCAUUUUCGACCAAGUUCAGUGGUGGAGCCACAGUAACUGAUUUGGGGCAAAGCAUGGGGAGUUUCGACUCUGACUCUGUAACUUACCUGACGCAGCUUGAAGCCGCUGAGAUUGAUGAGACACUCAUGGGUCCUCUUGGCUUCAGUGUCGACCAGCUCAUGGAAUUGGCUGGUUUGAGCGUCGCUGCCUCCAUAUCUGAGGUUUACAAACCUAGUGAGUAUAGUCGUGUUCUUACUAUUUGUGGUCCUGGUAACAAUGGUGGUGAUGGUCUGGUGGCUGCCCGUCACCUGCAUCACUUUGGUUAUAAGCCCUUGGUCUGCUACCCAAAGCGUACCCCCAAGCCUCUUUAUGCUGGAUUAGUUACUCAGCUUGAAGCACUGUCAAUCCCAUUCUUGUCAGUGGAAGAUCUACCGUCAGAUUUCUCAAAUGACUUUGACAUUCUAGUAGAUGCGAUGUUUGGGUUCUCAUUUCAUGGUUCUCCAAGGCCUCCUUUUGAUGAUUUGAUCCAAAGACUUGUUUCUUUACAUAAUUAUAAUCAAGUUGGCCAAAAAAGAUCAGUUAUAGUCUCUGUAGAUAUUCCCUCUGGGUGGCAUGUUGAAGAAGGAGAUGUUGAUGGUACAGGCAUCAAACCUGAUAUGUUGGUUUCUUUGACAGCCCCAAAAUUAUGUGCAAAGAAGUUUGGUGGUCCUCACCACUUUCUAGGAGGUAGAUUUGUCCCACCUGCUAUUGCAGAAAAAUAUAAACUUAUACUUCCACCAUAUCCUGGAACUUCCAUGUGUGUCAGAAUUGGAAAGCCUCCUCAAAUUGAUAUUUCAGCUCUAAGAGAGAACUACAUCUCUCCAGAAUUUCUUGAAGAGCAGGUGGAGGCAGACCCCAUUAAACAGUUUCGUAAAUGGUUUGAUGGUGCGUUGGCUGCUGGUUUGAAGGAACCAAAUGCCAUGGCCUUGUCAACUGUAGGGAAGGAUGGAAAACCCUCAUCACGAAUAGUAUUGCUUAAAGGUUUGGACAAGGAUGGAUUUGUGUGGUACACAAACUAUGAAAGUCAAAAGGGACAUGAAUUAUCUGAAAAUCCACAUGCAUCACUUCUUUUUUACUGGGACGGUUUAAACCGGCAGGUACGGGUGGAGGGGUCUGUUCAGAAAGUCUCUGAUGAAGAAUCAGAGCAGUAUUUUCAUAGCCGUCCUAGAGGGAGUCAGAUUGGAGCAAUUGUCAGCAAGCAGAGUACUGUAGUGCCUGGCAGGCAUGUUCUUCAUCAGGAGUACAAAGAGCUGGAACAAAAAUACGCUGAUGGAAGCUUGAUCCCUAAACCUAAGAACUGGGGAGGAUACAGGCUAACACCACAACUGUUUGAGUUUUGGCAAGGACAGAAAUCUCGCUUGCAUGACAGGUUGCGAUAUGUUCCCCACGAGAUCAAUGGACAGCGGUUAUGGAAAGUUGAACGAUUGGCCCCCUAAUCAUUUUCUUUUUCUUUUUCAGUAUCCCGACGUGUGAAAAAUAAGGGAAUAUAUGGCGUUGUGUUCUUUCCUUUUGGCAAGUUUUUUUUUUUUUUUCUUUCCCAGCAUUCUAAAUAGACUUGAUCGCAGGAUCUUAAUUGUAAGUGCAAUUUUUCAAAAAGAUGAGCUUUGCCCCGCUGAAUAUUUGUAAAAUGGAGAUCCAUGUCUAAUUUAAAGUUAAGAUUGGGAUAUGCAAUUCCAUCGGAAUAGUGCAGCAUACUGUAUGCAUGCAAAUCUCAAAUAAA